CGUCGCCCAGGCAUCCGAGAUCUGUCCCGUGUCUUGAUCCCUUCGUCCUGCGAUCAUCACACGUAUGCGACACUCCUAAGGUACCUUCUAUCGUCUCCACGCUAAAGGCUGGGAGCGCAUCGUCCUUUCGAUCUGACUGACCAUACAAGCCUUUGUCGCAAAGCCCUUUCUCUAUCAUCGCCCUACGGAGGCAUGCACGGCGUCCAAAGCCAACCUGGCGCGGACAUAAUAUCUUCAACCACUCAGGACUAUCCGGCCACUGGACCCGACCGCCCAGCUCUUUACACCACAACCGUAAAACCAAAGUAUGCCAUGAACGCUCCCACAUUUGUUCCGUCUGGUCAGGUCUUUCGCCAAUCUAAUGGUGUCCAGCAACCUUACCAGUCCCUGUCAAUGACCACAAUGAAUGGAUUUGCCAGUGACGGGGGGUCUAAUUCUACUCCAUCAGGCGGCACAUUCACCGCUGGGCCUUGUUCUGUUUUGAUUCGCCGACUUCCGACGAAUACGACCGAGGACACCUUGAGGCUGAUGGUGGUUUGGUCAAAGGAAUUCAUUGAUGCAGAGGUCCUUCCAGCCGAUAAGUCUGAAGAUGCCGGGUUCCGAUCUGCUAUUUUGCGCUUCAAGUCUCAUGCCGGGGCCCUUGAAGCCAAGAACAUGCUGGAUGGGAAACCGAAUGUCGCAAAUGAUGCGCAGAUGAUUGUGGAGAUCCUCUAUGGGAGCACCGCAUCAUCUCGGAGAUACACUGUUGAUAAUACUCCAAAUCCUGGUCCCUCGAGUUCGACUUCAUCGACAGCUUCAUCGGCCGGCCCCACCCCUCGUCAGUCCUCCAGGUUCAAUGGCACGUUUCAAACCGCCCAAAGGGUAUCGCCGCCGAGCAAUGGAACAUACACUAGCAACGAACUUCCAAAUCCGGAAAACAGUGCACACUACCAGAGCCUCUUCUCCCCACAAUCGCCGAUUGGGAACCACCUCAAUGACCGAACGAGAAUCACCGGGAAGUCGCUGAUCAACAAUGAUUCUGUGGACGACGAUGAAACUGGUGAGCUGCUUAAAGACCCUGUGGCGUAUGCUGAGAAUGGCCCGUCUAUCCAAUCACGUCGUCCUACGAAUCCGCAGAUUCCCAUCUCCCGCAUGGCAGGGUUAUCUCUCAAUACGAAGAAUGCUGCUGGUCCAGCGCCCCUCUCUUCUUUCACGGCUACUCCACAGGCUCUGUCGUCCAUACCCCAUGCGAACCCUAUGUCUCCAACGACUUUGACGAGUGGUGGGCCGCCAGUGAACUACCAGCUUGGAAGCCAGCACUAUCAACGGCAUAACUUUCCCCCAGUCAACCCGGCUGAUCAGAAUCCACCUUGUAACACGCUUUAUGUUGGCAAUCUUCCGAUCGAUACAUCCGAGGAUGAGCUCAAGGCUAUGUUCUCGAAACAACGUGGAUAUAAACGUCUAUGUUUCAGAACCAAACAGAAUGGUCCAAUGUGCUUCGUUGAGUUCGAAGAUGUCUCCUUUGCAACCAAGGCUCUUCAUGAACUCUAUGGCCACCCCCUCCACAAUAGCAUCAAAGGUGGCAUUCGACUGAGCUUUUCCAAAAACCCACUUGGUGUUCGUUCGGGGCAAGGUAUAGCAUCACCGCCCCCCCAAAACCUACCCGGCAUGAUGCAAGGUAUGAAUGGGGUUAUGCUGGGUGGUGCAGGAGCGACGUUCAGCACAGCGAGUGGCCCCCCACCCGGCCUGGCUGCUCCGCCAGGGCUUGGACCGAGCAGGUUGGGGUAUACGAAUACUAUGAACCCCAUGAACGGAGUUCCAGGCCAGUAUGCCGCCGUGCCCUACGCAGGGAACGGCAAUGGCUGGAAUGGACCAGUCUUCACCGGGGCUAUGAGCACUGGAGGUCCUUCAACAAUGUUGAAUGGUGCAAACAACGGUUUCCCCCCUGCCUACAUGAUGGGCAGAUAAAUCUUUCAAGUUACUCAUGCUGUGGAGCUGGCGUUCUCGGCCGAUCUGGGUUUGCUGCUUCCUUUCUUCUUCCUUGGACUUUCGGGAAGACAUCUGUACAUGACAUUUGUGGUUCCGUGUCUGUCUUUUUUUUCAAGGUGUCAUAGGGGGAGUUAGUUUGGGUUGCCACAUUGGGCUGCAUUUCGCAUUUUGCAUUUCGCACUUCGCACCUCACAUACUUGUAGCGUGGUGUUUACGAUCAUGAGAUUCCCCCUGCGCGUUGUAGAAAUUAUGGGAGUUGAAGCAGG